ACCAGUCUUUUGUGACUCUAGCCACAAAUGACUCCUAUGUGAAAGGAGCACUGGUACUUGGUUCAUCCUUGCAACAGUACAGAACAACAAGGAAGCUGACUGCACUCAUAACUCCUCAGGUCUCAGAUCUUAUGAGGAGAGUGCUGGAAAAAGUCUUUGAUGAAGUCAUAUUGGUAAACGUCUUGGAUAGUGGGGAUUCAGCACACUUGGCGUUAAUGAAAAGACCUGAGCUGGGUGUCACAUUAACAAAGCUUCACUGCUGGGAACUGACACAGUUUUCAAAAUGCGUCUUCAUGGAUGCAGACACAAUGGUUUUGUCAAAUAUCGAUGAGCUUUUUGAGAGAGAAGAGCUGUCUGCAGCACCAGAUCCAGGCUGGCCUGACUGUUUUAAUUCUGGAGUUUUUGUUUACCGACCUUCCAUUGAAACAUACAAUCAGCUGUUACAGUUUGCCACAGAGAAAGGCAGCUUUGAUGGUGCAGAUCAGGGGUUAUUAAACACCUUCUUCAGCAGCUGGGCAACAACAGACAUGAGCAAACAUCUACCAUUUAUUUAUAAUUUGAGCAGCACUUCUGUAUAUUCCUACCUUCCAGCAUUUAAAGCGUUUGGUGCAAAUACUAAAGUGGUGCAUUUCCUCGGAAGCAUAAAGCCAUGGAACUAUACAUAUGACUCCAGAACAAAAAGCAUAAAAGGCAACAUGGACGACCCUAAAGUAGUUCACCCAGAGUUCCUCAACAUGUGGUGGGGUGCCUAUAUAGCUAAUGUUUUACCAUUACUAGAACAGCAUGGAAUUGUUGAAGAAGCUACUACAGGUGUAAACAUGCCAGUGAGGUUCUCAAGCAGAACCACCCCAGCUCAGCAGGCAGUGUGUGCAUACAGACCUUGCAUGCUGAGCAGAUCUAGGCAGAGGUUACAGAGGCAGUGUCCCACAUAUCAAUAUCAGCACCAUCACCAGUAUUACCAACUGUAUCUUCAGAAGAACGCAAGGAACGGUGGGAACAGGGCCAAGCUGACUAUAUGGGAGUGGAUUCCUUUGACAACAUCAAGAAGAAACUUGAUACCUACCUUCAGUAGAAGUGCCUGUCUCAAACAGUGGUGAUGCAAGGACUUGUUCCAGAACUAACAGCUAGAAAGGUGUAGAUGGUGGUCAGUUACACUUGCUAGUAGCUUGAUGAAAAACUUCUUGGCUGAAGGCCUCUGCAGUGCUACAGAUGAAGACUGAGCAAAAGCUAGGAAGCAGAAUUCCUUGGGCCACCUGUAACUGCCCAAUUUCCAAUUCUCCCUACUAGAUAAAACCAGGUAUUUUCAGCUUAAAUUUUCUUCUGUUGUGAUCAAUUGGCUCAACAUAUUCCUUGAAACUGGGUUUGUUACCUCACCUCAUUAAGGUGAUUAGCAUUGAUUCCUUUGCUUGCUGUUUUAGAUGUAAAAUCUAAUUCAUGGGAUUGCUCAUACACUAGAGUGGUAGCCAUUCUGCUUUACCAUAAAUGUAUUAAGAACACUGGGAUACACACAGAUGUAACAGUAAUAGCACUGCUUUGCUCUUCCAGUCACAAUUGCACUGAAGUUUUGACCAGGUUCUUACGCACAGUGCCUACAGCAUGGCAGAAUGCAUUUUUCAGUUCUGUAUACUAUGGGACUAGUAAACUGAGUUUUAUCUGUUACUUGCAAUGUUACACUUGAUACAAAAAUAAAAAGUUGUCAUGCA